AUGAGUCGCCAACCCAGAUUGGAUACUUCACUUCGCCAGCAAGUCUACUCUUAUGUCGAAACGCCCAUCGAAUUGAGUCCGCCUGGUUCGCACCCUCCAUACUCAUCAGACGCUACUACAGAUCAGACUACUGUCUCCAAUGACCAAACUUCGAGUACUAAUCCCAGUCGAGAGGGGAACAUUUAUACAUCCCCUGAUGCUGUAAAUAUUGCGACUCAGGAAUUGCAGCAGGCUCGACAAACGCGCGUGCAGGAGAAACAAGCGCUCGCUCUGAGUACUACAAAUCUCACAGAGCAUCCAGCACUAUCAGCGCCAUACACCGAGGGAAAUACUUCUAUAACGAACCUCCCGACGCAUGCAUCUUCCCAGUAUCAGUCACCGCCGUACUCCCCCGGUCCACUUCCAGAGAAAAGACAUGCGGAUUUCGAAUAUAGCUCUCCUCAAAAGAUAUCCAUUACCCCGGAUACCAAUCCUUUACAAUCUCCCCGUUCACCAAUCCAUCGAAUGGGUACAUUUCCAUCUAUCAACCAACAAUCUCAGGCAGUUCAUGAAUCCUUUCCGGACCACCAUCCUGGUCAGAUUGCUCACGCAAACCAGAUAGACUCUGCGAGUGCGCUGAUGUCGGAACUUGUUGUUUGGGCCUCACUUGCCCGUGCAUUCUCUACGGCCGAACGCAGUAUAGACUAUUGCGCAAAUCUCGAGGAGAAGACCCGACCAAUCUACUGGGAUACGAAACUUGUAACGGAUCUUGUACAUCAAUGGCAGUUUUGUGCGGUUGUCAAUGGCUACUAG